CACCGGAAGGGGCAGGCUUUGCAAAGAUGGCGGCGCCGGUGAGUGUGGGAGUGUUGGAAUCAGACUUUUCAAGUGCCGUGACGCUUUUGAAAAACCUCCAGGAGCAGGUGAUGGCUGUAACUGCACAUGUGCAAGCCCUGACAAAAAGAGUUCAAGCUGGAGCCUAUCCUACAGAGAAGGGUCUCAGCUUUUUGGAAGUGAAAGACCAGCUCUUGCUCAUGUAUCUUAUGGAUUUGAGCCACCUUAUUUUGAACAAAGCUUCAGGAGGGUCUCUUCAGGGACAUGCUGCAGUUUUGAGACUGGUGGAGAUUCGUACGGUUUUGGAAAAGCUUCGUCCCUUGGACCAAAAGUUAAAGUAUCAAAUUGACAAACUGGUCAAGACUGCAGUAACUGGCAGCCUCAGUGAGAAUGACCCCCUUCGUUUUAAGCCUCAUCCCAGCAAUAUGAUGAGUAAGUUAAGCUCUGAUGAGGAGGAAGAAGGUGAAGCAGAGGAUGGUCAGUCUGAGGCUUCAGGGAAGAAAUCUACAAAAUCUAAGAAAUACGUUCCACCACGCUUGGUUCCUGUCCAUUAUGAUGAAACAGAAGCUGAACGAGAGAAGAAGCGUCUGGAACGAGCCAAGAGACGAGCAUUGAGCAGUUCAGUCAUUCGUGAACUUAAGGAGCAGUACUCAGAUGCUCCAGAGGAAAUCCGUGAUGCUCGGCAUCCUCACGUUACUCGCCAGAGUCAAGAGGACCAGCACAGGAUUAACUACGAGGAGAGCAUGAUGGUGCGUUUAAGUGUCAGCAAGCGAGAGAAAGGACGGCGAAAACGAGCACAUGUCAUGAGCUCCCAGCUUCACUCCCUCACGCACUUUAGUGACAUCAGUGCACUGACAGGAGGAGCUGCGCAUCUUGAUGAGGAUCAGAAUCCUAUUAAAAAGCGGAAGAAGAUACUUAAGAAAGGUCGGAAGAAGAAAGGUUUUCGGAGGCGGCGGUGAUUACGGGGUAUACAUGUAUAUAUAUUUUUGUCAUCCUGGGAUAUUUCUAAUUUCACUGUAUGUAGGUUCUUCCCCCUUGGAAUUUAUUCAUUGUUUACUUUGAACAUAUGGAAUGAACUUUACUAAUAAAGUCAAUUUUAUGUAUGAA